AUGACCGCGGCCUCUGAGUCAGGCACUACAAAUAAUCCUUCCAAAGAGACGAACCAGAACUCGAACGACGAUGAUCCGCCACCGGUCACCCUUGCAAGGCCUUUCAGAUCCAGGAAAAAUCGCCCAUGCGAUGGCUGCCGGCGAGCAAAGACGAGAUGUGCAAUAACAGAGGUUGGAACGCCGUGUGUCGAGUGUCAGCACACCCGCAAGAAAUGCACUUUUGACGAGCUACCUCGAGAAAGGAAAAAGCCCAGCAAGCGGUCACUGUCACCUCAGGAACUCACAAUUGACUCUGUUAAUCCGGUACCAUCGAAGCGGUCGCGUACGAAUGCUUCAAGUCAUGCUCAGGCUGUCAAUACCGAUCCUGGACCGAGCACGCAACAGAUCAAUGACUCAGACGCAGUCGCGCUGGAAGAAACUCGAGGCUACCACAUCAUCACAGCAGUGUUGACGGACGAUCUUUUACCUGUCGGUGCGCGCAAGGCUGGUGCUGAUCUUGCCCUAGGCGAGAGGAGCGAGCAGACACGACAGAUUUCACUCGAUGGAAGAAACCCCCAAUACGCUAUAUUCAGUAGAAAGUCAGACAACACUUACCUCGACAAUGUCAAGUCAGCCCUGUCUCUCCUGCAUCCUCCGCCGAGCCAGACGGCCCUUCUCGACCUUUAUCUGUCUGCUAGCAACGCCGCAUUUCCGAUUCUACCCCCACCUAAAUAUAUUCUAACCAGCACCCAGUCAAGUUCCUCGCCAUACUCCCCUGAUUAUCCAUACCCUUUGCCCGUUCUGUCUAAAAUCUAUAUUGCUGCGCUUAACCAUGCACCCAGGGGGAUGUAUAGGCCAUCGGUCAAAACGGUGAGGAAGCUGACCAAAGGACAGGAGGCAACCGGACUUCCAAGGAGCAGUCUAUCGAAUAUCUCCGAUGCCCUCCUGGACAUAUCGGCGCGUCCCUUGAGCAGUGCGGAGGAUGACUAUCUGAUUUUGGCUCGGGCCCUUGCCCAAGCGCAGCUUUUGGGGCUUCACAUAGACCCAACUAAUUGGGGUAUUCCAUCCUGGGAGAAGGAUUUUCGACGUGUAUUGUGGUGGGCAUUACGAGUUCAUGAUUCCUGGGCAUCAUUCCUCAACUCUCGCCCUUCUCAUGUACAGACAAACAACCAUACUGUCCCGUUACCGUCUAUCGCUACUAUUCUUUCUGCUACCCAGCAACUGAAACCUUCGCAUCCGGUGCUAAGCAACUCCCCUGGACAUCUUUCGAAUGUCUCCUCCCCUCGUUCGCAGCAUCAACAUAGCCCACAGGGCCACCCGUCUUCGCAGCGAGGAUCGCCAUUUACUCCCAUUCGUUCCGUCCCCUCUGUUCCCCCGCAUGUCCACUCAGCGAACUCUUUUCUUCAUCUAUGUCGACUCACGAUUCUUGUUUCGCGACUUCAAACACAAGUCUGUACUCUUAUGGCGCCGAAGGAUGAACGCCUAGGCCGUGUCGUCGAUAUUGAGAAAGAAGUAGACUCAUUAUUGGAAGAAGCGCGUGAAGCGCAUAAAGAGGGUGCAGUGGAUGCCCCGGGAUUCCGUGAUUCAUGUCAUAUCGGUGCAGCAUCACUAAUGACCUGUCUCCUUGGCUUUCGGUGCAUGGCAAGGCGUAUAGCAAUUGAACUCAGCAUCGGGCUUGGCAGUCCAUUCACACCGGAUCCAGAGACAUUGGAAAGAUAUGCUCAGGCAGUGGAGUAUAUCACCGCACUAGACGGUAGAGCGUUCGAUGGGUUCUGGCUUGUCUAUGUCGGCCACAUUCUUUCGUCAGUAACGUCGUCCCUUAUCCGGCUUAGUCUUGCUACCACGGCCUCUCUCGACUCACCCGCCACGUCUCCCUCGGCCCAACAGCACCGUCUUCACGUCGACUCUCGCACGAACCCAAUAUUUCUUCUUUGCCGUUUCCGCUGCGCCCUUCAAAAGGCGCGGGACUUCCACCACUGGGACCUUGCCAAUGCUGCCCUGACACGGGCUGAAAAUGUUGCUGCCUGUCUACAGAACCUAGGUGAAGAGUUUGGGAAUGUCGUUCUUGCCCUUAAAGGCACAUUGUUCAGUCAACACGAGGAGAUAUUUCCUCAGGCUAUGGGAGGGCACAGUAACGGGAACGUGGAGGCGAUGAUCGCAUCGGAUGUGAGGAACUGGAAUAUCGAUCUCAACGCCUUUGGGACUGGUGCGGAUUGGAGUGGGUUUGAAGGGAUGCCAGCUAUAGGCCCGUCGCCGGAUUAUGGGUUUAUUUCGUCAUGA